AUGAAGCGAGCCGCGACUUCUGGUCCUGUGGGCUCGAAGAAGGCCAAGAAGCCAAGACCGGAGGUGCCCGAGUACCACCUGACGCCGUCGAUCAAGGAUGCCGCGGGCAACGACAUCUGGCCCGCGCCGCAAGCCCAGAUUGAUCGAGCCCGGGAGAUUAUCAGAGAAUGUGCCGCUGCCGGCAAAAAGACCCUGAUUGUCCCAGACAAGGACGCCGACGGGCUCAGCUCGGGCGCGAUCCUGCAAAGGACGCUGAUCCUGCUGGGCCUCGCCCCGGAGCUCAUCAGCGCACACCUGCUGCAAAAGGGUGGCAGCAUCCACGACCAGGCCGAGCGGGAAGCCAUGGCCAAGCACGAGCCGCAGUACAUCUUCGUGCUCGACCAGGGCUCCCGCCGGGCUCCUCCCGUGGUCGACACGCCGCACAGGACGGCCCUCAUCAUCGACCACCACUGGGCGGGCGACGACGAGGCCGACUUCCCCGCCGGGUCCGAGCACGUCACGGCAUGCCACUCGCCCCCCGUCGCGACCAGCUCGCUGCUCACCUACCUCAUCUGCCUGCCCCUUCACCCGGCCGUGGGCGAGCGCUGCAGCUGGCUGUGCGUGGUGGGCACGCACGGAGACCUGGGCAACACGCUGAAAUGGGAGCCCCCCUUCCCGGACAUGAAGCUCACGUUCAAGACGUACACGAAAAAGGCGCUCAACGACGUCGUCUCGCUAAUCAAUGCUCCCCGGCGGACCGCGUCCUUUAGCGUGGGCCGCGCGUGGGCCGCGCUGACGAGCGCCGCCACCCCUUCCGAGAUCCUCCAGAACCGCGACCUGCUGGCCGCCCGCGCCGAGGUCAACGCCGAGGUCGAGCGGUGCACGCACACGGCGCCCCAGUUCUCGGCCGACGCCAAGAUCGCCGUGUUCCGGAUCAGCUCGGCCGCGCAGGUGCACCCGGUGAUCGCGACGCGGUGGGCGGGCCACCUGCAGAGUAACAAGCUCGAGGUCGUCCUCGUGGCCAACGAAGGGUAUCUCCCGGGGAUGGUCAACUUCUCGUGCCGGAUCCCGCGGAGCGCGAGGGCCCGGAGCGGACCGCCAGUCAACAUCAUCGACACGCUGCGCGGGAUCGUCGAGCAGAGUCCGGACCCGACGCUGCGGGAGCGGCUGGGGGAGUCGUUUGCGAGGGGCCACAAGGAGGCGAGCGGCGGGAUUGUGCCGAAGGAGGAGUUCGAAGAGCUCAUGGCGAUCAUGGAGGUUGGUAAGAAGUCCACGGCGGCGGCGGCGGCUGACGCCGGGUCACCGACGAAGAAAGCGGGUGGGAAAGUGAUUGCAAAGCAGUCGAAUACGCUGAUGAACUACUUUGGCAAGAAGGGAACUGUAUGA